UCGCGGCCGGUGUAUAUAUGGACGUGAGGGACCUAGGAAGGCACGGUUUUACUUUAACCAUUUCUCCAAUGUCCUGGCAUUUCACAUAUCUCGAGCCAAUUGCCUCUUCGAGCAACUCUUAAACUACCAAGCUCGACCUGUUCACCAACCUACGCAGCACUCGGCCUAAUUCUCUGAACAUAUACCGACUACACAAUCACUACCUUAGACCGCAUCGCCAAUUCGCUGCCAUGGCGGACAUCCGCGAUAUGCGCAUCGUCAUCAUCGGUGCGGGCAUGGGCGGGUUGGGGACAGCCCUAGCCUUCGCCAAGAAGGGAUUCAAGCACAUUGAUGUCUUCGAGACGGCUUCCAACCUUGGCUUUGUUGGCGCUGGCAUCCAGAUGCCUCCCAACGUCGUCCGUGUACUUGACCGUCUCGGAUGCUGGCAAGAGAUCUUCGCGGAGGCAACCAACGUCAGGGGAACCAGCAUCAGGCAGGGGAGCACUAACAUCGAGCUCUCACACGUCGAGAUGCCCGACAUCGAAGAGAAGUAUGGGUUUCCACACUGCACCGGACACCGGUCGUCGCUCGCGGGCGGUCUGCUCAACGGCUGCAAGAAGGAGAGCGCCAUCAAGUUUCACUUCUCGACGGCGCUGGUCCGGAUCAACUCGUUCGGCCCCCAACCCAGCGUCACGUUCAAGCCGCGCGACGGCGACGAGUACACGCUCGAGGCCGACCUGUUACUCGCGGCGGACGGCAUCAAGUCGCGGACGCGCACGCAGAUGCUUGCCGAGCUAGGCACCGAGUCGCAGGAGGAGGACACAGGCCAAGCCGCGUACCGCAUCAUGCUCAAGAGAUCUGAGAUGGAGCACGACCCGGAAAUGCUGGAGCUCUUGGAGAGCGACACGGUGGUGCGCUGGGUCGGCGAGCGGCGGCACAUCAUCGCCUACCCCGUCAGCAACAAGCAGAUCUACAACCUUUCGUCGGCGCAACCCGACGACCACUUUGCGUCGGCGACCAACGCCACCUACACGACCCGCGGCUCCAAGACGGACAUGCUCAAGGUGUACGAGGACUUUUGCCCGCUCGUGCAGCGCAUGCUCAACCUAGUGCCUGACGGCGAGGUGUGCGAGUGGAAGCUGCGCGUGCACAAACCGCUGCCCACGUGGGUGCACGGAUCGGUGGCGCUGCUCGGCGAUGCAUGCCACCCGACCUUGCCUCACCUUAGUCAGGGAGCAGCCAUGGCAAUCGAGGACGGCGCCGUUCUGGCCGAGGUCGUCAGCAAGAUACCCGCGGACAAGGUGCACGACCCCGAGACGCUGACUAAGACGCUGAAAGUGUACGAGGUGCUGCGCAAGCCGCACUGCACCGCGCUGGUCGACCUGGCCGCGCACUCUGGGCGCAUCCUGCACCUCGGGGAGGGCAAGGCCAAGGAGGAGCGGGAUCGCGAGUUCCGCCAGAACGGCAAGACGGGCUCGCUGCCCGACAAGUGGGCCAGCCCGGACGUGCAAAAAAUGAUCUACUCGCACGAUUGGAUCAAGGAGGCCAACGACAACUACGAGCGGCUAUUUGCCACUCUCUGAGGUGACGGGGAGUGUUAAAGGAAGUAUUGGAUAUUCAGCAUACCACCGCCUAUUGGCGGCCCCUAUGGCGCAUACCCUAAAAGAGGCAGACACCUGGUUGAGUACAAGUUCUACCGAAACACAAAGAAUUCCGAAACCGCGACAUAGGAGAUCCGUAGAAAAUUGUCGUAGUCGUCGCGCCGCUGUACGCCCAUCCCUUCCUAUGCUGCGAAACUGCACCCCUGGCGCUGUUUCUGCCCAAUGCCGACCCAUCCAUAUCCCGCGCAAAAAGCUUCCCUCUUCCGUCGGCCCUUUUAGUCGGACAUUCGGUGUUCCAUCGAGAUUUUCCUGCGAGCCGCGCUGGACCGGACCAGCCUGCGCCGGACGUCGGUUGAGCGGUGAAUCAUCCGGAAUAUGUUUUUGUCGACGGCCA